AUGAAUAUCACUUUUUCUUCUUAUUCUCCUACUACUACUACUACUACUACUACUACUACUACCUCUUCUCCUAAUUCUGCUUCUUCUAAUUUUGCUUCUUUUUCACUACCUAUUCUUCUUCUUUUUCACUACCUAUUCUUCUUCUUUUUCUACCCCUUCUUCUUUUUUUACUACCUAUUCUUCUUCUUCUUUUUUUUUACCUCUUCUUCUUCUUUUUUACUACCUAUUCUUUUUUUUUUUACCUCUUCUUCUUCUUCUUCUUUUUACCUAUUCUUCUUCUUCUUCUUCUUUUUUACUACCUCUUCUUCUUCUUCUUUUUUACUACCUCUUCUUCUUCUUUUUUACUACCUCUUCUUCUUCUUCUUUUUUACUACCUCUUCUUCUUCUUCUUUUUCACUACCUCUUCUUCUUCUUUUUACACUACCUUCUUCUUCUUCUUUUUACUACCUUCUUCUUCUUCUUUUUUCUACCUCUUCUUCUUCUUCUACCUAUUCUUCUUCUUUUUACCUCUUCUUCUUCUUCUUUUUUACUACCUCUUCUUCUUCUUUUUUACUACCUCUUCUUCUUCUUCUUUUUUACUACCUCUUCUUCUUCUUCUUUUUUUACUACCUCUUCUUCUUCUUUUACACUACCCCUUCUUCUUCUUUUUACUACCUCUUCUUCUUCUUUUUUACUACCUCUUCUUCUUCUUCUUUUUUACUACCUCUUCUUCUUCUUCUUUUUCACUACCUCUUCUUCUUCUUUUUUACUACCUCUUCUUCUUCUUCUUUUUUACUACCUCUUCUUCUUCUUCUUUUUCACUACCUAUUCUUCUUCUUUUACAGUACCCCUUCUUCUUCUUUUUACUACCUCUUCUUCUUCUUUUUUACUACCUCUUCUUCUUCUUCUUUUUUACUACCUCUUCUUCUUCUUCUUUUUUACUACCUCUUCUUCUUCUUCUUUUUCACUACCUAUUCUUCUUCUUUUACACUACCCCUUCUUCUUCUUUUUACUACCUCUUCUUCUUCUUUUUUACUACCUCUUCUUCUUCUUCUUUUUUACUACCUCUUCUUCUUUUUUACUACCUCUUCUUCUUCUUCUUUUUUACUACCUCUUCUUCUUCUUUUUCACUACCUCUUCUUCUUCUUUUUUACUACCUCUUCUUCUUCUUCUUCUUCUUCUUCUAAUUCUGCUUCUUCUUUUACUUAUCCUUUUGCUUCUUUUUCUAUUUCUUCUUCUACUACUGCUUCUACUUCUUUUACUAAUUCUGCUUUUUCUACUUUUACUACUACUACUUCUGCUUCUUCUUUUUCUUUUUUUUCUACUAAUAAUUCUUCUACUUCUGCUUCUUUUUCUCCUACUACUACUACUUCUACUUUUCUUCUUUUUUUCUUCUUCUUCUUGUUCUUCUUCUUCUUCAUAUUAUUUUUAUUUGUUCUCCUCUCUUUGUCACACUUUAAUCUAUUACGUUUCCACUUCUUCAAUGUCUUUGCCGCUUUUUCUUCUUACAAAUGGUCACUGUCUAUCACACCUACUCCGUUUUCUCUCUCUUUCAUCGGCCAGAGACAGAGAGAGACAGAGAAACAAACAGAGAGAUUCUCUGUCUCAAAGUCUUUCUUGCAUAAUCUCUGCUUCUUCUCUCCCAUUCACCUGCUUUCUUUUCAUCUACCACUCACUCACUCACUCACUCUCUUUCUUCUCUUUCACUUGCUCUAUCUCUGUUACACCCAUUCUCAUAAAAUCACCGACCCCUAUCCCUACAGCUUCCCCCUCUCUGUCUCUUCUAACUUACUCUUUCUCACUGUCUAUCACACAUACUCCCUUUUCUCUCUGUCUCUCUCUCUCUCUCUGUCUCUCUAUAUCUCUCUCUCAUCGACCAGAGAUAGAGAUAGAGAGAGGGGACAGACUCUCUGUCUUGCUCUCAUAAUCUCUCUCCUUCUUUCCCACUCUCUCACUCACUCGCUGUCUUUCUUCUUUCUCACUUACUCUCUCUCUGUUACACCCUUUCUCUUUCAAUCAUCUGCCUCUCUGUCUGUCUUUCUUACACUCUUUCUACUUUCCCUUCAUUCACUCACUCUGUCGUUCUCUAUUAACGGUUUUUCUGGGUGGGGUUGUGCUACUCCCAAUCUCUCAUUCUUUCUUUCUCUCUCUUUCUGUCUCUCUGUCUGUCUUUCUGUCUCUCUCUCUCUCUCUCUCUCUCUCAAAUUCAUUGUCUAUCUAUCUUUCCUUAAUUCUCCGUAUCAACCACAUUCUCUCUCCCCUCUCUUUCACUCCGCCUCUCUCUCAUUUUUCUCUUAUUCUAUUGGUAACGUUCUCUCUUUCUUCACUUACCCUUUCUGUCUCUUCUCCCUAUAUUUUCCCCUCUGUCUGUCAAUCUCAUUUUUCGCGCGUCUUUGUUUUCUCUCACUCUCACCUUCUCUUUCUUUCUCUAGUUCUCUUUUCACGUUUUCUUUCUUUUUGUAUCGAUCUCUCUCUCUCUCUUUUCUUUUUAUUGUUUAUUCUUUCUGUCUGUCCGUCUCUCUUCCUCUUGCUCCCUGCAUCUCUCUUUCUACCUCCUCUGUCUCUAUUUUUUCUUCUUUCUUUGUCUCCAAAUCUGUCAAUCUUUCUCGUCUUUCAUACUUCUCUGAUUCUUUCUUCUCUCUCUCUCUCUCUCUCUCUCUCUCUUUCUCUGAUUUUAUGUCUCAUCCACUGUAUCUAUCACUUUUUGACUUGCAUCUCUCUCUCUCUUUCUCUCUCUCUUUCUCUCUCUCUCUCUCUCUCUCUCUCUCUCACAUACAACCAUUCAGUCACUCACUCGCACCAAUUCUUUUUCAUCCUCUCUAUAUAUUUUGUUCAUUUUAUAUUUUGAUUUACUUUUCUUUCUUUCGCUUUUACUCCAACGCGUUUUUUUCGUUUUUUUUUUUUUUAGGCUUUUUCUUUUUCCAUUUUAUUUUCUACCCGUCAUCUUCCUUCUUCCAUUUCUUUUUCUUUCUCCUUCGUUUUUUAUCUAUUGCUUACUUUAUUUUUCUUCCGUUUUCUACAAAAUUAUUCUUAAUUAUUUUUCUCUCUGCUUUUUUUUUUUGA